GUUCACGGGUGUGUCAUAUGAAGUCAUCGUGUUUGGAGGUUAAUUAAAAAACAGUUAGUCUGGAUAUCUACUGAUUUAUUCCCCUUUUGGGAAAUAUACCUCAGCUUCAAGGAUAAAAUAAACAAAUUUUGGGCUUGUCAGAGCGGUGAUACACACACACAGAGUGGGGAAGGACUCAGAGAGAACCAGGAAGCUGCGAGCAGCAGAAGGAGGACCUACAAGUCUACGGAGGCCACUUUCAUUUUCUUUCAGUGCUCACAAACUACAUACAGCCUACCUGAGUUGACACAGGCAGCUUUUAGUGACUCCCUCUAACACCCAAUCAUGGACUUUAUAGAUCCCAUCCUGUCCAUAGCCUCACAGAUCUACACGCUGGCUGAAAAUGUUAAGGCCAAUAAGAAGCGCUGCCGCCGCGUUUCAGACCGAGUGAAAGCCUUGGAUGAGCUGGUAAGGUCUAUCAAAAAGAGGAAGCCAGACCAAAUCUCUGCAGAGGUAAAGCAAGCCCUUGGGGAACUCUCAAUCACCCUGAACUCAGCACAGGAGCUCAUUAAAAAAUACACGCUGGCCAACUGGGUGCGGCGGGUCCUGAGCUCCAGCAGCCACGGGGACGAGUUCAGCAGCGUGAAUGAACGCCUGAACGAUGCCUUCCAGAUCCUGUCCGGGGCUCUGCAGGUGGAGCAGGGGAACAUUCUGUACAAAGUGUUUGAACUGAGCCGCAGGGCAAAAGAAGAUGAUGCGGACGGUAGAGAUGAUGACAAAGAGCUGGAGAAAUGUCUCCUGGAGUACAUGAAAUCUCAGCAAGAGAAAACGGACGCCAUGCUGAAGAGCUUUGAAGAGAUCAAAAUCAAUGUGGCUAAGGUCGUGGAGACGUUGAACAAGCCCAGCAUCACUAACGAGGACAUCCGAAUGAUUAAACCAGAGGAGCUGAAGUACGAAUAUCCAAAAAAGCCCUUCAUGACGACGCCAAGCUCUGUGGUCUAUAAAGGAGAAUAUCGUGGAUUCACAGUGGCCAUCAAGAGAUACACUGACCCAGUGGACACCAGCCCAGGGGAGGUGCAAUCCAUUUUCAAAAAGGAAGUCGACACCAUGAAGCGCUUUGAGUCGCCCAACAUCCUGAGAAUGUUUGGUAUCUGUGUCCAGGAUGAGAACGGAUCCACACCUCAGUUCCUCAUCAUCAUGGAGUACUGUAAGAAAGGAAGCCUUCGACAGGUCCUGGACUCUCCUGCCUAUAAACUGUCCUGGAUCAAGAAAGCUCGCAUGUGUCUGGAUGCAGCGCAAGGACUCUAUCGACUGCAUCAAACAGAAGAAAAAAGUAAGGUCCACGGGUGCAUCAACAGCAGCAAGUUCCUGGUGGCAGAAGGCUACAGAGUCAAGCUGGGAGGAUUUGAGCUGGCGAAAACCGAGACGUCACUGAAGAAAUUGACGAGGGACAAGGAUAUGAAGUCCUUAUGCUAUUCCUCUCCCCAGGCACUCAGCAACAUCAACCACAUAUACAGCAAAGAGUGCGAGAUGUACAGCUUCGGAAUCGUCUUGUGGGAGGUUGCAACACGCAAAAAACCUUUCCAAGGUUAUAAAAAUGAACAAAUCUAUCAGCGAGUCUGCCAAGAGAAAUACCAAGAGCCACUGCCCGAUGACUGCCCUAAAGCACUGGGAGAUCUGAUCAACGCCUGCCGUGCUUAUGAUAGCUUCGAGAGGCCGUCUGCUGGAGUGUUGGUGGAUAAGCUGCGCAGUGUGGUGGCACAGUUAGAGGAGCAAUAAAAGCCAUCAACUGCCCAUUUGCUGGUUAGGAUCAUCCUCAUGAGAAAAAAAAGUGGAAAAUAUACAGUAACAUAUUCCAGUAUUUUCUUGAGUGCACUGGUGACAUGGGGGAAAAAAAGGAAAUAACACACAGGGAAUUAUGUCAUGAGAAAGAAAAAGUAAAUAAAAUGAUUUUUGCUAUGAAAAAGACAUUAAAAUUGUAAUAUUAAAUUGCACAUUUGGUUUUGAAUACACUUAUUUUGUGAGGGUUACAGCAUCUUAUUCAGGUUUAUGUUGGGGAGCUGUAAAGCUCCCCAACAUAAACCUGAUUGCCAUGGAUUAAAUGACUGGUAAUCCAUGUGGAUUGGAGGCUCCCCUGGUCACCUGAUUCCUCAUCACCACAUGGAGUUAUUGUGCAGACAGCCCUUGUAGAGUUGUGUUAUGGGACGUCAUCCUGUUAGAAAAGUAAUGAUCCUCUUCAUUCUCUACAUCCUCCCCCUUGGCCAGAUCAUCCGUCAACAUGGACUCCAUUUCCACUGUUACGCCGACGACAUCCAAUUGUAUAUCUCCACCAAAACCAUCACCAACACCACCAAAUCCACACUCAGCAACUGUCUCAUAGAAAUUAAAUCAUGGAUGCAAACAACAUCUUCAACUGAACAGUGACAAUUCAGACAUAAUCAUCAUUGACCCCUUGUCCCACACCAAAGCCAGUCACAACUUCUCCCUCACCUUCUAUAACUGCACUCUGUCUCCCUCAUCACACACCCGUAACCUAGGAAUCACCUUCGACAGUAAGCUAAGAACAUAGCCCGUCUCCACCCCUCACUCACCUUCUCUGCUGCAGAAACCGUCAUCCGUGCAUUUAUCACAUGCAGAUUGGACUACUGCAACAGCAUCCUCUGUGGUUCACCAUCCAAACUCUUCUGUAAACUGCAAUACAUCCAGAACUCAGCCGCACGCCUGCUCACCCACACCCGCUCCAGAGACCACAUCACUCCCAUCCUCCAUGACCUGCGCUGGCUGCCCAUCAGUCACCGCAUACAGUUCAAAAUCAUCCUCCUCACACACAAAGCACUUAACAACAUGGCCCCUCCCUUGACCUCCGCUCAUCUGAAGGAAACUUCCUCACGCCACCCACAAGGACCAAGCACCAAACCUGGGGAGAGAGAGCCUUUUCCAUUGCUGCCCCCUCCCUCUAAAACUCACUCCCUAAACCCAUCCGUACAUGCACACACUUCCCAACGUUCAAAUCAAUGCUCAAAACACACCUUUUUAAAUUAGCUUUUAAGAUAUAAUUUCUGUGUGUUUUAUACUGUUCUUCUGUGUUUUUUUUAUAUGUUCUAAAGUGUUCUGCACAGACGUUGUGGUAUAUAAUUUCAAAAUGUUCCCUUUGCUGUUCAGUGUUAUGUUGCAAUUUUUACUAUAACAGUGUGACCCCUAGUGCACAAAUCACAAAUAGGAGUUUCUUUUGUUGGAAAAUUGCCGCCUUCUAUUUUUGCACCACAUUGGACCCAUUUGAAGCCUGGUUUUGGCCCCUAUGCCAUAUCUUAAAUAUAAAUGAAUAAAUAGAUAAAAUGAAUGAGGACUGGAAAUGAUUUACGCACGUGUUUUCAGGAAAUUAUAUUUAAAAACACAUGCUCACAUUACUGUAAAGAUGAAAUGUUAACAUCAUUUUGCUAUUGGUGUAACUUGUUUGAACCUCAAACAUCCUCUCUUUCAGAAAUGACCUGUUGAACGUUUACAAAGUUGUUAUUCAGAAGAUUCAACACUGUAGCUCUGUAGCCUUUUGGAGCAUUAACUCAACUUAAGCGUGUGAAGUGUAAAGGCUCCACCUAGAGGUUAGUGCACCAAAGCCCAAGGCCCUGCAACUAAAUGCUACUCUCAUGGCAAGUCUGAAAGUCUGUUGUUACUUUCACUUCACCUCAUCAUUUAGUUGUUGUGUUUGAUGUUAAUGAUCUUUGUGAAUAAAAAGGUAUUUGGUGUAGCCAAGUGAUGUUUAUAAGCUAAAAUAUUCCUUUCAAGUUGCAUUCCUUUGCAACAGUAUCACUUUUUUAUCUUUAUAUCUUUACAUUUCCAUGUCCUUCUUUUUAAUUUUUUUUUUUUUUA